UUGCUGCUAUCAGACGCGCACACACACACACUCACUCACACACACACACACUGAGCGGCCUGGGACUAUAUUGGGGUUGAGAGCAGAGGGAAACAGUUGAUGUGACUGGCGCUGCUGGAUAUUUCUACCACAGAGCUUCAACACAGUUCCAGGAAGCUCGAGAGCCGCCGGGCGUCUGGAGGUGGACCCAGCUUCCACGCAGGGUGCUGAUCGGGCCGCAGAGCCCUGAAGAGAAACACACGCAGACAUGAUCCCUUACUCUCCCUGAGUGUGUCCUCGCCACAGGAACUGACCAAUCAGCAGUCAGGAUGAUGCCCAAGCAACUGGCUCAGACAUCUCCAGGCAGUGUGUUGUCACUGAGAGGCCCCAGCAUCCCAGGAUCCCCCGCUGCAGCCAUUGUGGCCAGAGUGGAGGACGGGGUUAUUGGUUAUAAGGACUUGGCAGCGUUGCCGAGGGACAAAGCCAUCCUGGACAUCGAGCGCCCAGACCUGAUGAUCUACCAGCCUCACUACAGCUACAGCCCCAUGGAGAGAUCUCUCUCUCCUCGCUCCAUCUCCCCCCCGCCCUCCCCCGAGAACGUUCUCCACAAGGACUGGCUGGAGAACCGGUCUCCUGCGGGUUCCUCGCCCGGUUCCACCGUCCAGCCCUGCAGAACCCAGCGCGCACACACACCGCCGGCCACACACUGCACACACACACCGCUCACACAGCUCACACAGCUCACACAGCUCACACACUCGUCUGGCGCCAAGAGCAGCAUGCAGCACUUCCACCGGCCCGACAACGGCACCAACAUCUACAAGAAGCCUCCCAUCUAUAAGCAAGACCUGCCCUCCUCUGCCGCUCCUCAGCAGAAACACAUCGAGGAUCUGAUCAUCGAGUCGUCCAAGUUCCCGGCGGCUCAGCCUCCCGACCCGAACCUGCCGUCCAAGAUCGAGACCGACUACUGGCCCUGCCCCCCCUCGCUGGCUGUGAUCGAGAAGGAGUGGAGGAGGAGGGCUGGAGGGAGGAACGAGGAAGAGGAGGAGGAGGAAGACGGGGAGCUGGGGGACGACCUGUGGGGGCUGAGAGCUCUGCAGAGACAGGAGCUCAACAAGAUCCAGUCCAACCUGGGGAAGAUCAUCCUGAAGGAGGAGCUGGAGAGAUCUGCUCCUCUGAGGAGGAAAACCCGCUCUCUGCCGGACCGCAGCCAGCACGCAGGUCCCAACGCCUCCAAGUCUGUCCAGCAUUUCCCAGCGUCCUCUAGGACGGGCCUGGCCAGGCUGCAGUCAGCAGAGUUCUCCUCCUCUGAUAAAGGAACUGCAGGUCUUCAGAACGGCGACUCCAGGAUGGACCGAGGAAACUCUCUGCCCAGCAUGUUGGAGCAGAAGAUCUACCCCUAUGAGAUGUUGGUGGUGACCCACAGGGGGCGGAACAAGCUGCCUCCCGGAGUCGACCGGACCCGCCUGGAGAGGCACCUGUCGGCAGAGGAGUUCCUGUGUGUGUUUGGGAUGACGCUCGAGGAGUUCAACUGUCUCUCUCUCUGGAAGAGGAACGACCUGAAGAAGAAGGUCUCGCUCUUCUGACGCCCCCCCCGGGACUACAUCCCCCACAAUCCCCUGCUCCUCCCGGAUCACCACGGACUCCAAAACAGCACGGCAUCGUCUUCAGUCAAAUCCACCAGAGUUUCAGCGUCUGCGAGGCUCGGCAGGUCGCUCGCUCCCGUCGCCACGGCAACACACACGGCAACGCACACGGCAACGCACACGCUUCCGGAAGCUUCUCCUCUGAGCGACUCACCGAGUGUUUUUGUUUUUGUUUUUUCUUACUGCUCCUGCUCGGGUUCUGCUCCUGUUCGGGUUCUGCUCCUGUUCGGGUUCUGCUCCUGUUCAGGUUCUGCUCCUGUUCGGGUUCUGCUCCUGUUCGGGUUCUGCUCCUGCUCGGGUUCUGCUCCUGUUCAGGUUCUUCUGGUUCUCUGGAGCGGCGCCUCCUCGUUUUUCCUUUGCAGGUUGUUUCAUUUGAUUCAUCAUCACAGACGUCUGAAAGCGUUCCGGGGAAAAUUAGAGGAAAACUUUUUUUUCUUCCUAUCUAAUGAAUAAUCUACUGACGUGCUCAGGUUGACACACACAGUUUAAUCCGUAGAGAUUUACAGUUACAGAUUAACUUCCACCCACUGAUGUCACAAGUGACGGUGCGUUCAGGUGCUGGUGGGAAACUUCAACAUCUAGGACUUCCAAUCCAACAGCGUCACAACCCAGGAGGCAAACUGGAAACCGCUGAUUUAUCUAAUUUCAUGAAAAGAAAAUUAGUUAAUCUGAGAUCUGAGAGGUUUAAUCUGUUGGAAGUCUGUCUGGAUUGAAGCCUGAAUCGCCUGAAUCACUGAAAACGAAAUGCGUCACUCCAAACACACGUGGCGUUAAAAGACUUCCGUACAGCCCGUCGUCUCCGCUGACUGAUCCACAGCGACGGGACGAGGCCGCCUGGAGGUCAAAAAGCAGCAUUCCUAUUGGCUUAGCCAGCGAUGAUGUCAUAGUGAAAGCACUUAGUGGUGAAGGAGGAGGAGACAUUUUCAUCUCGGUCACAUCUCUGACGCUGUGACGCCUCAGAAAGUUUCAAAAAGCAGUUUCAGCCGUUAGCGGAGCGGCGCUUGUCGCACUGUUUGGGUGUUAGCGUCCACCGCUAGCCUGUUGUUAGCCUAGCCAUGCUAACGCCCUGCUAACAGGAUCUGCACGGAGGAAAGAUCGGACAGUGUUUUAGAUCUUUGUCCUGAAAAACAGCAGAACACAGCAACAGGAAAGAAAUCAGCUCGCAAAGCGCUAACACCACAUGUAGGCUAAUGUUACACUGAUUUUACUGACGCUAUCGACGCUAACUUGGCUAACACCAUGUGGCUAACAAGCUGGUUUGACUUUUUUAAAAUAAUUUUAUUUGACGGAAACAUUUUUUCUUUUUGGAGUUGAUUGUUAGCUAGCCGUCUAACGCACUAGCAUUGUGUUAGCUUUGUGUUAGCAUAGUGUUAGCAUUGCGUUAGCAUGGGUUUGAUGUGGAUUAUGAGGUUGAGAUUUUGCAGUACGUGUGGCGUAAAGCAGAACUGAAGGUUAAAUCUCUCAAAACAAUGUGAACAAAGUUUUGCAGCUCAGACAGAAUGUGUGGAUUAAAAUGAAUUCCACAUUUAAUCUGUAGGCUUAACCAGUCUGGAUUAUUUGGGGCCAGGUAAACGUAUUGGUUUUCUUUACAUUUAACCAUUUUUACACCAAAAAUCUCCUUUUUUUUUAAAUAGUAAAUUCAAAUAUUUAGUGUUUCAUGGUUGUAAACUCCUGAAGCAGCAUGUGAGCUUCAGAUCAGACACAGGAACACUCAGCUUUUCCAGAUUUAUUUUAUUUUAUUUUAUUUUAUUUUGUGAUGAAACUGUCUCCUCCUUGUUUUUUGUUUUUUCUUAGUCCAGCACCGGCCACUGCCACCACACACACACACACAAACACACACACACACAUAUACAGGCUAUAUAUACAAACAUAUAUAGACUGAGUCUCCAUGAUGAUGGUGAUGUGACCCUGUCCUGUCCGAGUCUGGAUCUGCACCUGAACACAACACGUGAAUAUUUAACCUCUAACACACCUGGAAGGGAGGAGCUGACAGGUGACAGGUGAGCGAGCCGCCAUUUAAAGGUGCAACACGCAGGAUUUUGGAACGUGACACUAUGGAUUUGAGCGCAGCGGCACCGCUCCUGAACUACAUUUCCCAUCAGCCCCGUUGCUUCCCGUCCUCCCUCUCCUCCCUGAAGAGGAUCGACAUGUCGGAAGUGAUUUGCCAGAAGCUUCCAGAGGCUCUGACAGCUCGGGGAGAACAGCGCCCUCUGCCUGUUUUGUGCCGUAAAGCAACACAGCAGAUUUCCUCACGCAUCACAGAGUACCUUUAAAAAUGACUGGAAAAAAAAAAUCCCUAAUGAUUUAAUUUACACUCUGAGGGGUUGAUUUAUCAGACGUGAGCCGACACGAGAGCGACGGAUGCGCAGUUUUUGCAUCGUCCCAGUUUCGCCGUUUGGUGAGCGAGAAACCCUGCUCUCACGACAAAAUCAAAGACUCGAGAAAAUCAGACUUUCAAAUAAAAAAUGCUCGAGUCGAGUCUCACCUGACCGCACCAGAACCUUUUCAGUAACUUCAUGAACAACAACAGCACAGCUCAGCAGGAUUCAUUUGGCUCACAUCUAAUUAAUAUCAAUAUUUUUGAGAUGAGGCUGUGAAUUAGCGUCCAGUAUUUUUUUAAAAAUAACUUUAUAAGCUGCAGAUGAUUUGAACUUUAACCUCUGAUGACUGAACUCUGAUGAAAUGAUGAUUUGCCAUGAACCCGAU